AUGCAGCAGCGACAGUGUCUGGUGCUGGCGGCUGGCGCUGGUGCUGGUUCCUGGUGCUGGCAGCUGGCGCUGGUGCUGGUUCCUGGUGCUAGCGGUUGGCGCUGGUGCUGGUGCCUGUUGCUAGCGGCUGGCGCUGGUGCUGGUGUCUGGUGCGUGGCGGCUGGCGCUGGUGCCUGGUGCUGGCGGCUGGUGCUGGUGCCUGGUGGUGGCGCUGACGGUGGGGUCUCUGCUGGCGGUGGCGCUGGUGCUGGUUCCUGGUGCUGGCGGCUGGCGCUGGUGCUGGUUCCUGGUGCUGGCAGCUGGCGCUGGUGCUGGUUCCUGGUGCUGGCGGCUGGCGCUGGUGCUGGUGCCUGGUGCUGGCGGCUGGCGCUGGUGCUGGUGCCUGGUGCUGGCAGCUGGCGCUUGUGCUGGUGCCUGGUGUUGGCAGCUGGCGCUGGUGCUGAUGCCUGGUGCUGGCGGCUGGCGCUAGUGCUGGUGCCUGGUGCUGGCGGCUGGCGCUGGUGCCUGGUGCUGGCGGCUGGCGCUGGUGCCUGGUGCUGGCGGCUGGCGCUGGUGCUGGUGCCUGGUGCUGGCGCUGACGGCGGAGUCUCUGCUGGCGGUGGCGCUGGUGCUGGUUCCUGCUGGCGCUGGUGCUGGUUCCUGGUGCUGGCGGCUAGCGCUGGUGCUGGUGCCUGGUGCUGGCGGCUGGUGCUGGUGCUGGUGCCUGGUGCUGGCGGCUGGCGCUGGUGCUGGUGCCUGGUGCUGGCGGCUGGCGCUGGUGCUGGUGCCUGGUGGUGGCGGCUGGCGCUGGUGCUGGUGCCUAGUGCUGGCGCUGACAACGGGGUCUCUGCUGGCGGUGGCGCUGCUGGUGGUGACUCGGCUGGCGGGGUCUUUGCUGGCGGUCGUUACUAG